UCGGAAGAGGAAGCCGAAGAAGCUCAGCGGACACAGACAGCGGAGGGCAGCGACGGCCCUGAGCCGGAAACAGGGGUGAAAUGCGCCUCCGUCGUCCUCAUCAAUCGGCCUCGGCUUUUUCGCAGACGAACCCUCGUCAACACUUGAAAAAAGAAACUGACUAGCACAUCCAUCUGACGGAAAUCGGGAAGCAGCCGUCGGCUUGACGGUCUGCACAACCACUUGUAAAGACGACCGUCAGAAUGGGUGGAGGGUUGAAUGGAUGGCUGCAAAGAUGUCGCGAAUCACGAAGACUUGUUCUCGUGAUUGUCGCCAUCGCUUUGCUCCUGGACAACAUGUUACUAACCACAGUCGUUCCAAUCAUCCCCGAGUUCCUGUAUGACAUUAAACAUCCAAAUGCAACCUUAAGUGAACACCUGGAAGGAUCUUCACCCUUAACAACUGGCAGUCUGACGACAAUAACAACACCGACGGCAAUGAAUGUUUUGACAACGGCUUCUGGAAUUAGAUGUUCUUGUUGGAAUUCAUCAUCGAAUCAUACUCAUCCGGAAUAUUUUAAUUUUAAACCUACCUCUUUUUCUGAAAUUACAACAAUCAACGUAACAAGUAUUGAAGAAAGAGAAAAAGUUGAACGGCACCGUGAACUUGUGGAGGAAACUGUAGCAGUUGGAAUUAUGUUUGCGUCCAAGGCUUUUGUGCAACUGUUAGCAAAUCCUAUUGUAGGCCCACUUACUCAUAAAAUUGGAUACGACAUUCCUAUGUUUACCGGAUUUAUUAUAAUGUUCUUAUCAACUUUAAUAUUUGCGUUCGGUCGAAGUUACGGAAUACUAUUUUUGGCUCGAGCUCUACAAGGAAUAGGAUCAUCGUGUUCAAGUGUUUCGGGUAUGGGCAUGUUGGCGGAAAGAUAUCAAGACGAUAAAGAACGUGGAAAUGCAAUGGGAAUUGCUUUAGGAGGGUUAGCUCUUGGAGUGUUAAUUGGUCCUCCAUUUGGAGGCAUCAUGUACGAAUUUGUGGGAAAAUCUGCUCCUUUCCUGGUUCUUUCUGCUCUUGCCCUUGGUGAUGGACUGUUACAACUACUCAUGCUUCAACCCUCGAUAGUUUACACGGAAGUAGAGCCACCGUCUCUAAAAGCUUUGAUAACAGAUCCUUAUAUUUUGCUCGCUGCAGGAGCUAUAACUUUUGCAAAUACUGGUAUUGCCAUGUUGGAACCCAGUCUUCCUAUUUGGAUGAUGGAUACAAUGGGUGCAAGCAGAUGGAAACAGGGGGCCACAUUUCUUCCAGCAAGUAUCAGUUAUCUUAUUGGCACAAACCUUUUCGGACCGCUCGGUCACAAAAUGGGAAGAUGGCUUGCCUCUUUAAUUGGACUUGUUGUCAUUGGAAUUUGUUUAAUAUGUAUACCUCUUGCGAAAAGUAUCAACCACCUGAUAAUUCCAAAUGCUGGUUUAGGGUUUGCAAUUGGUAUGGUCGAUAGUUCAAUGAUGCCAGAAUUAGGAUAUCUGGUAGACAUCAGACACACAGCAGUUUAUGGAAGUGUUUAUGCUAUUGGUGAUGUUGCAUUCUGUCUAGGCUACGCUAUUGGUCCUGCUUUAAGUGGAACUCUAGUGAACAGUAUUGGAUUUGAAUGGAUGCUGUUUUGGAUCGCUAUUCUUAAUUUCUUAUAUGCUCCUCUCAUGUAUUUUCUAAAGUCUCCGCCAACAAAAGAGGAACAAAAGUCCCUAAUAAUUGGUGAGAAAUCUUGCGUUCGUUAUGAAUCUUACCAAAAUGAUGAAGAGGACCCUUAGUAAUGAAAAAAUAUACAAUUUUUUAGCUUUCAAUUAAUUUUACAUAAUUCCUUUUUUCUUGAAAAUUGUAUUUUUGGUUUUCGUUUGAAACUGAUUAGAAUCUAGAAAUAUCGACCAAUUUCCCCGUUAAAAGGAGCAGUAAUAUUUAAUAAAAUAUUAGGAGCGUUUUUGUUCUUAUUAGAAUUAACAAAUUCUAAGAGUUAGAAAUAUACACGUAAAAAAUUGAAGAGCUUUCUGGAUAAAAUCAAAUUGUACCUACAUACACUUGUUGGAAAAUUAAAAAAAUUCUAGAAGCAAAGACAGUAACAAAAAUGAAGCGUCUAAACUAAACUUAUAUAUUUACUAGAAAAUGUAGAUAUGCAUAUUAGAUUUUGUCGUGGAAGGCAUAAAACAAUUUCAAUAUAUUAAUUAUUAUAUUGUAUGCAAUCAUAAUAACUGCAUUACUUAUCUAACUAUGAUGUUUAGAUAACAAAAAUAUUUCGAUUCUGGAUGCAUUGCUCUGACCGUACAACAAAUAAGUAGAAUCGUAUUUAGGUAUAUAUAUAGGGAAAUUAGUUGAACAUUGUGGACUGAAUUUUACCUAGGACUGAUUUAUUGUCGUAUAUGAAAUAAAAGAAAAUCGGUCCUUAGGUGAGAUGAAAUCUAUAUAAUUAUAUAAAUAUCACAUGUUACGUCUUUCACUUAUAAAAUUUAAAAAUAAAUGUUCAAAGUAUAAACGUUGUCAAAUAUAAUCAUAUCUUUCAUUGAGAUAACAUGUAUAUUAUGAGAUAUGCGAUGCAAGGCAACUGAUUAUUAAUGUUCUGCACCUAUAUAUUUAUUAAUAUAGAAAGUUGCAUAUUAAAUAUUAGAUAAAAGAUAAAUUAAAUAAUAUAUGAAUAAUCAAAAUUGCAUGUCGUGGGCUAUAAGUGUAUUAAAUUAUCCUACGAGAAUCCGUAAUUUUAAUUAAUAAUAUCUCUAACCUUAUUAAACGUAUAUAAUUCAUAAAUUCUCACAUGACUUAUUGAUGGGGUUGAAAUCUUGAAAAUUCAAAAUUUCUUAAAUUCCAAGGAAACCACCCGAUUUGGAUUCCCUGAAUGGCUGCAGGGAAACCGUGCGAUGAAUGCGAUCGGGUUAAUUGAAGUGUUCCUUAAUAUUAUAAUUGAUUACACUUUUGAAAAAUACUGCAUGAUUAAAAAAGAUGAAUCCCCAAUCUUGAAAAUGACGACUUACAUAUUCAGUGCAUUUAUUUAAUAUUAAUAGUUUGAAAAAUAUUCAACCUGAGUUUCAUCAUAUUUUAAUUCAGUUGUGCGUCUAAACUAUUGUAUUAUUCUUCAAAGUAUUGAUAUUAAAUAAAUGCACAUAAUCUUGUGUUUUUUUAAUCUUAUUUUCGAUAUUUUAUUUUAUUUCAAAUUCUAUGAAAAUUUUUCAAAUUCAACAUCAUUUAAAUUGAAGAACGUGUCCUUCAAUAUUGUGAACGAAAUUUAGAUAAAAUAUAUAAGUGAAAGAUGUUUGUUGAAUUCCCAGACAACACAAGAAUCUUAUGUGAGAGAAUUUGCAGUUGAAAACUCUGGAGAAGAAGUGUUUAUUUUUUAAAAGCUUACUUACUCUAUAAAUUAAUAAUAAGUAUCCCACUUUUUCUAAUCAGCCUACAUACACUGAUGAAUUUCACUGAUUUUCCAGUGCAUAUACGUUCAUUGAAAUAAAUGUUAUACUUAUCGCUCAUUCGAAUUUAGAGAGUAAUUUUGAAGCUUUUGACAAAAAUAUAUAGUUGACUCAAUACCAUAUUUUAUGUAUUGGUGCACUAUAACAUUACAAAAUACCUAUUACUGUGAGAUUAUUAUAAAUCAUAACAGUUUACGAUGUAAUCUUACAGUAAUAUAAUAUAUUUCACUGUUAUGGUCCUACACUUAUACAUAAUACAUAAGCGCAAAUAAAAAAUUAUUCAAUUAUCUGCAUGUAUAAUAAUAAUUGCAUAAAGUUGCAUAAUAGAAAAGAUUUUUUCUUUCAAAUAAUUAAAUAAUAAACUAAAUAAAAUAUUCUUCUUAUUAUAUAAAUAAUUCUAAAAAACGUUAGUGUUGUAAAUGAUGUAAUGAAAUGUUUUUGUCUUUUUUAUUAGAACUGUAUUAAAAGAAAAUUAUUGUAUGACAUAUUAUAGGUAAACAAGCUACUCUGCGUACCGCAAAAAAAAUUUAGACAUUUCUCGUGAAAUUGGAAGAAUUAAUUUGAUCUUCACAAAUUUUUAAAAUAUUUAUUGUACUAAUUUAAACGUUAGUGAUUUUAGAGUCAAGUAGAUUAUUAAAGUCAACUUUUAAAUUUGAAAAAUAUAUAAUGAUGAAAGCCAAAAGUAAUAAUAAAAAGUAAAUUUUAUUCGUCUGUAAACUUGCAAAGAUUCGAUAUUCACUAUAUACUUUACCUAUGUAUGUACAUAGGUAUGUAUACAUAAUAUAUAUAUGCAUGUAUUUCGACAGAAACAACAGUAAUAUAACCAUGGAAUCAAACAAAUAAUUUUUAAAAAAUCAAAAGAUAUCGAUCCAAAAAUCUUUUCUUCAAUCAUGUCUAUAGUCUUCUGCUGCUAAUUCAGAAAACAAUAGGUAUAUGCAAUCUGCAAACCUACUCCCGGUACGAAACGCGAGUCAAUUCGUUGUUUGGGGAUUGGAUAAGCAUUUUUCUAUCUAUAUACACUUCUAUCAUGAAAAUAUAAUAAACGAAAUUCGAAGUCGAAAUAUUUGAUAACUAAAAAAACUACACAAAGUAAGGUAUAUAUAUAUAUAUAUAUAUAUAUAUUGGAAAAAAUAUAUUAUUGUUUAAUUAUAAACACAUAUAUACCUAUAUAACAAUUGGAAAAUGAUUUAAGAGAUUAAUAAAAGUUAUAUUAUUAUGUAGUUUCAUGAUUUUAUGUAUCUGAAAAAAUUAUACAUAUAUAAAACUUUGAAAUAAAUGUUCUAUAAAUUAUUUAGUACGUGUCUUACACUGUUCUCAAUUAUUGUAAAUCGUAGGUCAUUAUACAAAACGCUAAUUCGAAUUAUAUUUAUGUAAAUAAUAUUAUAUGCGCCUGUUGAAAGAAAACCCUACGAGACACUCAUCAUCUUUUUAGAAUAAAUAAUUGUGUUUAUCAUUUUAAAUUUUACUUAGUUUUUUAAUUUCGUUUUAGUAAUACACACAACUUUUUUUUAAUUUGAAUUUUAUAAUAUGUAUAUUAUACUUUUAGAGUUUUUAUCUUAAGAAUAACAAGUGUCUCGAAAAAUCUCGUCUGUACAUUUACGUGUAUGAGAGAAAUUAUAAUAUAUAUAAAUAAUAUAGUUAAACAACAACAACAACAACAGCAACAACAACAUCUAUAUUACUUCUAACUGCUACACUAUUACUACAUAUAAUACUAUUCUACGUCCGAAUUGCGAUGCAAUCAAAAUGGUUUAAAAAGCUGUGUAAACGGGUCACGUACAGCUUAUAAAAUAUGUAGGUGUAUUGUCUAAAUAAAUACAACGAAAUAUUAAGUUUUUUUUUUAAAUAAACUAAAUUUAUUUAUUUAUAAAAACAUUAACUGACACGACAAAUGAUAAAUUUAGUAAUUAUAUACUUUGUCGUUCUAUUUAAUUUAAUGAUUGAACGAAAUUUCAAUGCAACGAAAUGAAUGUCAUUGUAAAGAUUGAAAAAAAAGUAUUACGUAUUCAACUCAAAUAUAUAUGACAAAUAUAAAUUAUAAUAUUUUAUUUCUAUCAUCAAUAUGAUUGAAAAAGGUUGUGAUAAUAAAUUAUAAAUAUGAAUAAUUGAUUAUAAGUGAAUAUCGAUUGAAGGGCAACUUAAGACUAUUACUUUAAUUUUUAAUAAAUAAUUUUAGUGACUCGUCGAGGGCUGCUAUUGUGAACAGACAAUAAGCAAUCAAACGCAUCUCCCAGUAAUUGAUGAAUAGGGAUAAAUUGUUGACUAUAUUUAUUUAAAUAAGCCAACCAAUCAAAGCAAACAUAAAAAUGAUUGAACAAAAUUUCAAAGAAUCUAAAAUUUCAGUCUUUCCCGACUAUGUGUCGUCUCUUUUAAACUUUGAAUAAGUUAUAUAGGUAUCAUUUGAUUUUUGAAAAAUAAAAUUACGUCUAUCAAAGCAAGGCAGGAGGAAAAUGAAAAUGUCUCUCUCAUAUUCUAAUCUCAAAAUUACAUUGAAUAUCAAUUAAUGUAAGGUGUAUGCGUUAUUUUAUCGUCUAUUUCUAUAUUUAGCCAGCUGGUAAAUGGGUCCGAUUUAAAGCCUUUGUAGAAAAAAUUUAUACAAAUGGCUUGAUUUACGCAGAAUACUAUAUCUGUUAUUCUGUGUUAUUAUUUUAAAAAAAUAUUAAUUCCUUUUAUAUACAUAGCUUCAAACUUGUCAAAUAUUAUAAAGCAAUUGAAAAUAUAUACAAAAAAGAACAUUAUAAAAAUAUUCGGCUUCGAAUUGCGUAUUGGACUUUGUCAAAGAAUGCUAAUGGUAUACGCCAGGCAGUUAUUUGUUUGAAAAAGACAAGGACUUUGAAAAUGAUUUUGGAUGCUCAUACCGAAAGGGACAAAAACGGCAUAAAUUUUGCUUAAAGGCUUAAAUGCUUAUUCGACUGGCAUAAUUAAAACAUAAUUUUAAAAAAUAGCAAUGUUUUAAAUAAACAUAAAAAUUUCUCGUAGUUCAUACGUAUCAAAUGUGUACCUGUAUCGAAUUUAUGUCAACUUGUAUAAACAAUUAUACUGUAUGUAUACCAUAUAAAUAAAAUUGACGUUAAUAGAG